AUGCUGGCAUAUUGUGCCUGUACCCUUGGAUUCACCAUGUUAUCGUCUGUGUUUUCAUUCUAUUAUGUGAAAGUGUUUCUAAACUACUUUAUGAUUGAAGAAUCCUGGUUCCAGUUUGCUCAAUUGUUAUACCUAACAUGGAACACAAUUAAUGAUCCAUUAUUUGCUUAUGUUCAGGAUACUACAAAUUUUUCAUUUACGAAAACACGUAGAGAGAGUAUAUUAUAUACAGCACCCUUGUUUUCAUUAAGUUUUUUAAUAACAUGGUUUCCCUGGGCUAAGGGUACCUGGGUAACAGGACUUCAUCUAAUCACAGCAUUAUGCUUAUAUGACACAAUGUUUACAUAUAUUGGCCUUGCAUAUUGUUGUUUGUUUACUGAAAUAUCGACUGACUCAAAAGUUCGUUUACAGUUAACGCAAUGGUCACAAAUAGCAAGAUUAAUUGGCUCAAGCUCAAUUUUCAUUUGUGAAUUUACAUCUGAGAGUUUAAAAUCAUUUUCCUCAUUUCAAUAUACAUGUAUAGGCAUUGGAAUAAUCGCAGCACUAUUCAUGACCUAUGCUGGGCUAUAUGCUCACACAGAACAUGACGUGAAAUUGAAGAAAAACUCCUCAGAUCAACAUGCAAUGCACGAUAAAUCCUUGGAUAAAUCAAUGUGGAGACUAACUUGGCAAGUUUUGACAGACAGAAACUUUUUGUCGUUUGUGAUUGCAAACUUCUGUCAAUUAUUUCAACGAACAUUCAUGGGAAAUUUUGUUGCAAUUAUUUGUGAUGAACUUAUACCAGAUGAAUUUCUUUCACCAUCAUGGAGAAAAGUAUUUUAUGGCAGCUUUAACUUUCUUAAUACACUGCUAGUGAUAGUGGGUGUACCAUUGAUCCAGUCUAUAGGCUAUGCUUCAGUUAUAAAAUGGAGUUUUAUAUGGAAGAUAGGAGCUGGUAUAUUUAUGUUAUUCCUGGGAAAAGAAUACCUCAGUAUUAUGAUGCUCUACAUUCUUUUUGAUCAAAUAUUUGCUGGUGCUGCAUUUGCUUUAUUUGGCCUUCCACUAUCUGAUAUAGCAGACCAUGAUAAAAAUAAAUAUAAAAGAAGUCAUCCCAUCAGCUCUAUUAUUUAUGGCACAAAUGCCUUAGUAACAAAACCAGCCCAAUCUUUAAGCCCUAUGUUGACUGUGGCUAUACUGAAUCGCUAUGGAUAUAAGGAACAUACAGCUGGAACUCUACCUGAAGAAGGUGCUCUAAUGUUAAAAGAUGCAAUAUUUGUGUUAAUGUGUAUAUACUCUAUAACUUUAGGUAUAAUACAGAUAUUGAGUUGGUCCAUGUUUGUUAUCAGGCCUAAAAGUAAGAAAGAGAUAGAGAUAGAAUUAACUAUAUGA